CUGUUGGGUGUUGCCCUGGGUGUUGCUGUUGGCCAGAUAUUGAAGAUCUACACAACACUGACAGCAAUUGAGGAGUCUUACAUUGGCUUCCCCGGAGAAAUACUUCUCCGUCUGCUUCAGCUGGUUACUACGCCGCUAAUUGUAACAAACGUGAUAAUUGGAGUAAACAGUGCAAAUUUGAGCAACUCCAGAAAGAUCAACUCACGGGCAUUAGUGUAUUUUUCCUUGACCACGGUGUUGUCUAUCAUCAUUGGGUGCUUGAUGGUUGAGUUGAUCAAGCCAGGGGUCACUCUGAAGUCCUCCAGUUAUGUAUAUGACGAUGAUGACGAGUCCUUCGCGUCUAUCCACGGUUUGAAAGAUCUACUAAGAAACAUGAUACCGCAAAAUGUGAUUCUGGCUGGCUUUAAGGUGUACAAGACAACGAUUGUGAUGGCAGAUCUUGAAGGUGACGAUGACAACUCCACCAUAGGGGAGGGGCAUCAACAAGUGCGUUAUGAGGGCCAGUUUAUCAAUGGGCUCAACAUUGUGGGUUUGACUGUGAUAGCGUUUUUCUCCGGGAUGGCCCUCAGGAAAGUAAGGGAAAGAGGAAGAGUGGUUUUGGAUGUGGUCACUGGCCUCAAUGAGACAACCAAAAUUGCAGUGAAGAUGAUAAUGUGCUAUUUGCCAAUUGGAGUCAUGUCCCUGAUGGCGAGUUUUGUUGUGGAGAUUGGGGAUAACUGGGAGGCAGUCAUCUGCCUUGCAAAAUUCAUUGCAGCGGUGUUUGUCGGGCUCCUCAUCCAUGGAUUGGUCAUUUUACCACUCAUCUUUGUGUUGUUCAUGCAAAAAAACCCAUAUGUAAUCAUUAAAGGGGUUUUUCCUGCCUUACAUAGGGCUCUGAUCAUCUCACGCACCCAUGCGGUCAAGCCAACUUACUGGUGCCUUGAGGAAUUAUUUGGAGUUGACAAAAGAAUCACUGACUUCAUGCUGCCGAUUGGCAUCAAUGUCAAUAUGGAUGGGACAGCCCUUUAUGAAAUGGCGGCGACAGUCUUUAUCGCCCAACUUAGCGGCAUCCGUUUGAACUGGAGCAAGUUAUUUACCAUGGGUGUGACUGUGGCCUUGUCCUCUGUUGGAGAAGCAGGAAUCCCAGCAACAGGAACCGUCACCACAUUCUUCAUUUUAACAAUCUGUGGGAUUCCUGCGAGGGAUGCUUCCCUUUUGCUGGCUAUAGAAUGGCUGCUAGACCGUUGGAACGCUGUCAUCAACGUCCUUGGGGACUGCUUUGGCGUGUUGAUUGUCCACCAUCUGUCCACAGCUGAACUGUCAGAAAUGGAUGAUGGACAACCUUCCAAUGACAGUUAUGAGUCUGUGGACUCAGGCAUUUUGGAUCCGGGGUCCAUCCAGCGGCCACCGAGUCCUUCCUUCACAUAA